AUGGCUGACAUUAAUGACAUUAAAAACGACGUUGAGGAUAACAACAACAGCAACACAAACAACAAAUCAAACACCAUCUCCAACAACGACGACACCAACAACAACUCAAACAAUCCCACAAACAACAACAACACAAAGGACAGCGCAAACAACAACACAAACAAUCCCACAAACAACAACACAAGCAACAACAACACAAAGGACAGCGCAAACAACAACACAAACAACAACAUCAACAACAACAUCAACAUAAACAUGAAUCAAGCGUGGAUGGGCAGCCGCAGCAAAUCAACAACCUCAAUGACCUCGACCCAAAUGGAAAUUUUUACCCAAGUCAAGAGUCUAGCCAAUCAGGAUGCAAGAAAUAGAAUACAAAUGUUAGCAAAAAUGCUAUUGGUUGUCGCUUUACCAAUCCUUGCUCUUAUAAUUAUGACGUCAAUAAGUUUGAAUGAAGCGGUUGUCAGUCAGACUCAAUCAUUGAAGGCCGUUGAUGAAAUCAAAGAACUUGAAAAGCGUGGAACGUCAGUGUGGUACCUAACAAAUAUAGACACAGACACCUUGGAUCGUCUACUGAAAAUUUACAAAAAAGGAGAUGACGCACUGGAAUCGUAUCUAGAUAAUUCUUUCCUGAAACUAACUGUCGCCAAUCAACCGAUCCCUAGUAAAAAAUCGCUAUUCGAGUUGAUACAUUCUUAUCGUAAUAAUACGCUGAUGAUGGCUCUUAAGUACAAAAACUACUCGUGUAGUUUAGUCUCAGCUUACGUGCGUAACAACCUUACGGAUGUAGAUGGGUGUGUUGUAGAGAAUAGCAGAAACAAAACUUACAACGACAGCGAUGACUACCGAUAUUACAAGGAUGGUGCAGACGAUUUGCCUAACACAGGCAUUAAUAUUAAUAUGUCAGCUGAUACUAAAACUAUGAAUAUUUAUGAGGAUGGAGGGAAAAUUUUAAUGAAAAAUACAAGUUUAAAUAAAAACAAAGUGGAUUUAACUCAAGAAAGUGAAUUAUUCGCAAAAUUGUUCCUAAAUAAAUUAGGUCCUGAAAAUGUCGACACCUCUAUAAGGUUAAACACUUCUGACACUAACAUUGUUGUCACUACUACUGUCGUGACAUCAACAACGACGACAUUAACAAUAUUAAUGUCAUCAAAUAAUUUAACAGCAACAAAUUUGGAAGCUCCUGUUGAAACAGAUGUAACAGCGCCAACAACAAAAUCAUUGACAGAUGCAACAACAGCAGGACACCCUUCCACGUCAGCCAGCCAAAUAAACUCCACAAAGACGUCCAACGCAACAGAAAAAACACUAAACAAAAACACGGCAAGCGCUGAAACUCCAGCCAGCAGAAACAUUCUUGACGAGCAAACCAUCGAAUCGUACGCACAGUUCGACCGCUACACGGUCCUCAUCAUGUCUCUCAUCAACUACACGUCCACGAGAACGGAGCAGCUUUCGAAAACACUGAACAACGUAGCUAAAUACACAACAGCCUUCACCUCACUGCUUCUCGGAUCUGAUUUCGUCGGCCAGAUGAGAGCCUUGGGGACUAAAUUUUUUCAAUCCUGCCAUCUUUCGACGGAGUUUUUUGUGAGGUUCUGGAUAGCGAACGGAUCAGCUGGCCAGGGUUUACACGAGGUUUUUUUAAAUCAGCCUGACAGUAAGGUGUGGUUUGAUGAAAAGUUCGUUGGCAAACCAUUGCAGGCAAACUUAACAAGGCGAUUCGACGAUAUGUUACGUUGGUCUGACCCGUAA